CCCGUGGAGUUUGCAUCCCUGGGAUGUGGAAUCCCGGCGCAUGCUGGAUGUCAGGGGGCCGCCCGGCUGUCCCCCAGGGACGUCUGUCCCGGGAGGUCCGGCUCUGCCCGAGCCCCCCGCCCCGUGUGUCCACCUCUGGUGGCCUCGAUGGCUCCUUCUUGGAAGUCCCAAGAGUGAAACACCUUUCAACCUAAUAUCAGAAAAAUGUGACAUUCUAUCCAUUCUGCGAGACCAUCCUGAAAACAGGAUUUACCAGAGGAAAAUCCAGGAGCUCAGCAAAAGAUUCAUCGCAAUCCGCAAGACCAAAGGGGAUGGGAACUGCUUCUACCGGGCCUUGGGCUAUUCCUACCUGGAGUCUCUGCUGGGCCGGAGCAGAGAGAUCCUCAAGUUCAAAGAGCGUGUGCUUCAGACCCCAAAUGACCUCCUGGCUGCUGGCUUCGAGGAGCACAAGUUCCAGAACUUCUUUAACGCUUUCUACAGUGUGGUCGAGCUGGUGGAGAGGGACGGCUCCGUGGCCAGCCUGCUGAAGGUGUUCAACGACCAGAUCACCUCGGACCAGAUUGUGCAGUUCUUGCGCCUGCUCACAUCAGCCUUCAUCAGGAACCGAGCCGACUUCUUCCGACACUUCGUUGAUGAUGAGAUGGACAUCAAAGACUUCUGUACUCACGAAGUGGAGCCCAUGGCCAUGGAGUGUGACCACAUCCAGAUCACAGCCCUGUCGCAGGCUCUGAACAUUGCCCUGCAGGUGGAGUAUGUUGACGAGCUGGACACGGCUCUGAACCACCACGUGUUCCCUGAGGCUGCCACCCCGUCCGUGCACCUGCUCUAUAAAACCUCCCACUACAGCAUCCUUUACGCAGCUGACCAGCGCUGAUUGACUUUAGGCCAUGCCGUGGAACCCGUCAGCUAACGGACUGCAUUCUGAAUGGAACAUUCCGCCUUUUUGAUUUUUUGAGCGAUUUAAACUAUAGCUAGCGCACUUACCGCCUCUUGGGUAAAGCCACUGGAAGCAAGACCCCUGCCAGUAAUGGAUCAUGGUGACUUGUUGGGAAUCUCAGUAUUUAUUUCAACGGAGGACUAACGCCUGCCAACUCUGGACAAGAAAGCCAGGAACCCUGGCUCCGUUCCCCAGUCCCCUGUGAGACCACUGGUGGACCUGUUUACUCAUCUGGAGGUUCCUGCCAGUUGACAUCUGCUGUAUGACCAUGGGGACCUCUGUUUUUUCCUAACUAGAGGCAGGGACUAUGUGGGGAGGAAAAGCUCACUGUCACCCAUUGUGAUUCAGGUGACCCAGCAGAUCUUUGAAAAAGAUGCAGUUCAGCCAUGUUGGGUGGGUGCCAGUGACGACUGUCUGGCUAGAAGGGCUUCUGUGUAGUUUCCUUCAUGGCAGCUGUGCUGUCGUCCCACCUCCCCACUGAGAGACUCUUUGGCUAAAGUCCAGAAAAGGGCCUUUAGCCUUCAGCAUGAAGCUCAGGUUAUAGGGUCCUCUACCUCGGGGUCGGAACUCCUGACAGUUGGAGAACAGGCCCUUCAGGGUUCUGCUGGCCACCUGCGCUAGGGCCCCCAGGUGCCUCAGCUGUCAUUCCCCGGGAAUCCUGACAGUGGAUUCUACCUAGAUGGGCGGGGCAGGGGUGGUGUGGAGGCUAGCUAGGCAGAGCACACACUUUGCAAAGCUCUUUGGUUUUCCCCAACCCUCGUCUCACAGGAAGCUAGGCAGGAAGAGACAAGCCAUAGAAACUGGCAGGUGAAUUUCCACUGGUGGAAACAGCCAGCCAGCAGCUCCUCACCUGGACAGUGCCCCCUCUUUAAAUGUCACCCUGCUGCCUCAGGACCUCCAGGAGUCCAUUCUGGCUGGGCUGGUCAGCAAGUGGGUACCAAUGGAAAACCAGGCUCUGGCUCGCCACCUCCUCCCUGCAGGACAGUGCAGGCUGUGGGGCCCCCCACGAGGCCCGCCCUGGGGCCCGCCCUUAGCUGAAGGUGCCCUCUCACAGGUGUCACUCGGGUUUAAUUAGCUGGUGCUACUGGGGGAGUCUGCACACAAGGACCACAGGGCACACUGCAGGUCUUACACAAAUGUCACGUCUGCCAUUCCUGUGCCUGGUGAGCACCAACAGCCCCAAGAAGUUAGGGUGUUGUAGCUCCAGGGAGGGUCCCUGUUCCCCCACUGCCCUCGGCUGGCAUUUGGAUCCAAGGGCUCAAGCUCAGUGGCCUUUUCCCACAGGAAUGUAAGGCUGGCCUCAUCGCCAUUUGUUCAGCCUCCCACCCAGUCCUGGGUGGCUGCGCAGUCUGUGACGAGCACUGAGAAGGGCGGGGCACACAUUUCCACAGCUCAUGUCUUCUGCCAGAUUAGUCUUGUCUGGCAAACCAAAUGGCAUGGACACGGGGUACCCAGCUAAUGGUCUUGGCUGCUCUAAGGGACUCAGGAGGUGGGAGGAUGGCAGGCUCAUUAAAACCCAGCCAUCUACAGCAGCCAGUUACGCAGCACACCCACACACAUGAUGACUCCUACAGCUCUUUUCCAGAUCAAAGGCUGGUAGUGAAGGUGCUCUGUGCACUGCUCUCUUCCCAGAGAAACAUCACACACAGCAACAGGAGUGGUGGCCUUGCUUUGGCUGGGUUCCCACUAUAAGCACAAAACACCCGAGCCAGAGCGCCCACGCGCAAAUCUCAGCUGUGUGACCUUGGCAAAGCCACCUCACCUGUGGGCUCACAGAGGAGUGCUGCUAGAUGGGGAAGCAUGCCACCUCAGCAGCCACUGGCUUUGCAGUGUGAUUCUCAGAAGUGUGAGCCAAACACGCUGCCAGCCUGAGGAUGGCGGGCUGGGGCGAAAGCAGGGGGCCGGGGCUUGGUGAGUGAGCAGGGCCAAGCCCCACAGCCUCCCUGAGAAUAAGUGAAAACACAUCUUCCUAGCAUUAAAACAGUUCCCACAAACA